AAGUUGACUUUUCUCCCCCCCCACCCCCCUUUGCCUCUCCAGCCGCGUUUGGUUCUGCAACUUUAAAAAUAUUUUUUUUUCGCUGAGAACACCAAGGGAAAGAGGAGUCUGGAGAGAGGGAGGGCGAAAGUGAGGGAGCUGGUCAGAAGGACCGGGGGGUGGGGGGGGCACGCGGUCCCCACGCUGGGGCAGUUAGUCUGUGGGGCACCGCAGCGCGUGGAAAGUUGCUGCAGGCUCCGAGGAACGCCUCCGCCGUCCGGAGUCCGGAUUGUGCGGCUGUUGCUUCGCUAGCUCCUUCCGCGGCCUCCUCUGGGCCCCACGACCGCCCCUCGGACCCCGGCCGCGACCGAGGAGGUGGGCAGCCUCGGCCGCCAUGGAACUCUGGAGUUGAGUCGCCACCGCGGAGCUCCGCGCCCUCCGUCUUCUCCCUCUGUUCGCCCUGGAAAGGCAGGGGGUGGAAAGAAGAAGGUUAACCCGAAGGAAGAAAGAAAGAAAGGAAGAAGGGGACCAGAAGGGGGAAGCCAACGUUCCCCCACGGGCUAGCUGUCCAUCAACGGCUCAAGCCACCAAGUGGCAGAAAGUUCAGGGCUGCCUUGAACCCAUUUUCUUUGCGCCUGGUAUUUGCCAGACUCUAAAAUGAAACGACAAAAUUUGGCGCUGACUCUUGCAGCUUUGAUGGCGACUUGGGCGAUUUCAGCGGCAUCUCCCAGAGAAAAAACCAUGCGUGCCUGAUUGUUCUGUAGCCCCAUAGCUGCUGCUGCUGCUGCUGCUGCUGCUGCUGCUGCUGCUGCUGCUGCUGCUGCGUGUGUCUGUGUGUGCGAGCGUGUCUCUGUGUCUGCGUGUGUGUGUGUCUGUGCGCGCGUGUCUCUCUCUGCGUGUGUGUGUGUGUGUGUGUGUGUGUGUGUGUGUUUGGAUGUGUGUCUGUGUGUACACAGACGUCCACUAGCUAAGUCAGCUGCAGGAGCAGCCCCUGGAUGCAGACGUUUCGGUCACAGACCCGGAGAGGAGGAGCUGACAAUCAGGAGGCGUGAGCCGCCAGAAGUCUGCAGAAUUCGUGGUGUGAAUGAACUGGGGGCAUCUUGGGCAUAGGGAUUGCCCCCCCUUCCCCGCCUCGGGCCACCGUUGAGUAGUUGGGCAUUUUUUUUCACCUUCUUGUGAAGAAUUUUUUUUAUUAUUUGUUGUAAAGUCUUUUGCACAAUCACGCCCACAUUUGGGGUUGGAAAGCCCUAAUUACCGCCGUCGCUGAUGGACGUUAGAGAGGGAGCGCCUCGCCGCGGAACAGUCGCCUGCGCGCCCUCGUCGGACCCGCGGCUCCUACACUGUGUCCCCGCUCGGCCCUGCGCUUGCUGCUCGCCCGCGCGCGCCGGCGCCCUCUCGGUUCUUGGGCACAUUUCCACGCUAUACCAGCCCCGCAGCCCGAGCCCGGGUGCCAGUGCUCGCUUCCGCUCCGGGUCGCUGCGCCCACCCGACGCGCCCAGGAGGACUCCGCAGUCCUGCUUUGAAUCGUCCCCCCAGGCUUAACCCCGACGCUUCGCUUGGAUUCCUCGGCCCCCUUCGCUGGGGUGGCGACUUCCUCUCCGCGCCCCCUCCCCCUCGCCAUGAAGGUGGAAAAAUCACCAGUGGGAGCAGACUGGGAACUCUCUACUCCCGAAUAUCUUCAGGGAAGAAACUUCGCCCGGUUCCCUGCGCCCCGGAUGCCAGGGGCAGUGCUGAUGCUUGGGAGCUGGCUCCGCUUGGGGAUCUGUCGCCUCGGCCUGUUUGCAACCUUUUGGAACUGAAUGAACUGAGCCUGACUUGGGCCAGGAGGGCUAGACUGGAGGCAGGGUGGCAGUGUACUUCAAGACACAGGCCCGCAGUGGUGCGAUGAAAACAUGGGGACAACACCAAGAGAAACAACAGGCUCUCCGUGGUUUUCGCCCCGCCCCCCAGCCGCUGCUGGACGUGGGGGCCAGAGGGAGAGUAAAAAGUCAGAAUAAUGGGGUCCAAGGGAAGGGAAGGGUAGGGCAAAGACCCUCUCCUAAAAGAACUGAAGCCGGAUACUUCUUUCUACCGAGACCUACACCUCCUCUUAGACAGAAAGGAGGCCGCUGGCAGGAGAGGGCAGGCUUUCCGGGUUCCCUGGGGUGGGAGAGCUGACCUUCUUCCCAUUCAUUAUCCCUUACCCCCAACUUCAUCUACUCCCCGCCCCAAACUGGCUGAAGCAGAUCCUAAAGGAAAUCCAGGCUGCUCUUCCCCAUCUGGAAGUGGCUUUCCCAAAAUCGGCCCCGUAAACUGAUUAUAAAACAUACGAUGUUAAUUCGGAGCUGCAUUUCCCAACUGGGCACUCGCGCGCCGCGCUGGUCCCUGGGGCCUCGCCCCCACCCCCUGCCCUUCCCUCCCGCGUCCUGCCCCCACCCCCACCCCCGCGCCGGCCACCCCGCCUCCUCGGCAGCCUCCGGCAGUGCGCUCCACUCGCCUUCGCGCUCCUCUCGCCCAUGGAAUUAAUUCUGGCUCCACUUGUUGCUCCGGCCCAGAAGCCCAUUGGAAUAUUAAGCCCAGGAGUGGCUUUGGGGACCGCUGGAGGUGCCAUGUCUUCCAAGUUCUUCCUAAUGGCUUUGGCCACAUUUUUCUCCUUCGCCCAGGUUGUAAUAGAAGCUAAUUCUUGGUGGUCCCUAGGUAUGAAUAACCCUGUUCAGAUGUCAGAAGUAUACAUCAUAGGAGCACAGCCUCUCUGCAGCCAACUGGCGGGACUUUCUCAAGGACAGAAGAAACUCUGCCACUUGUAUCAGGACCACAUGCAGUACAUUGGAGAAGGCGCGAAGACGGGCAUCAAAGAGUGCCAGUACCAGUUCCGGCAUCGGAGAUGGAACUGCAGCACAGUGGACAACACUUCUGUCUUUGGCAGGGUGAUGCAAAUAGGCAGCCGAGAGACAGCCUUCACGUACGCGGUGAGCGCUGCUGGAGUGGUAAAUGCCAUGAGCCGAGCAUGUCGGGAAGGCGAGCUGUCUACCUGUGGUUGCAGCCGCGCAGCACGCCCCAAGGACUUACCUCGGGACUGGCUGUGGGGCGGUUGCGGGGACAACAUCGACUAUGGCUACCGCUUCGCCAAGGAAUUCGUGGACGCACGAGAAAGGGAACGAAUCCACGCCAAGGGCUCCUAUGAGAGCGCACGCAUCCUCAUGAACUUGCACAACAAUGAAGCAGGUCGCAGGACAGUAUACAACCUGGCAGAUGUAGCCUGUAAGUGCCAUGGAGUGUCUGGCUCCUGUAGCCUCAAGACAUGCUGGCUGCAGCUGGCGGACUUCCGCAAGGUGGGCGAUGCCCUCAAGGAGAAGUAUGACAGCGCAGCGGCCAUGAGGUUGAACAGCCGGGGCAAGCUGGUACAGGUCAACAGCCGCUUCAACUCCCCAACCACGCAGGACCUGGUCUACAUCGACCCAAGUCCGGACUACUGUGUGCGCAACGAGAGCACUGGCUCACUGGGCACGCAGGGACGCCUGUGCAACAAGACCUCAGAGGGGAUGGACGGCUGCGAGCUCAUGUGCUGUGGGCGUGGCUAUGACCAGUUUAAGACGGUGCAGACCGAACGCUGCCAUUGCAAGUUUCACUGGUGCUGCUAUGUCAAGUGUAAAAAGUGCACGGAGAUUGUGGAUCAGUUCGUGUGCAAAUAGUGGUGUGCCCGCCCAUCAUCCAGUCCCACUCCCAGGACCCACAUAUUUAUAGAAAGUACAGUGCUUCUGGUUCUUUUUAUUUCUCCCCCAAGAAUUGCAGCUGGAACCAUGUUUUUUUUUUUUCUUCCUUCUGUUACCAUCUAAGAACUCUGUGGUUUAUUAUUAAUAUUAUAAUUAAUGUUUGGCAAUAGUGGGGGAAACUAAGAAAAAUAUUUAUUUUGAGGAUCUUUGCAAAGUUAGUACGAAACUUCUUUCUUCUGAUGCUACAGGAUAAAGGGGAAAUAACACGUAUUCGAACUUAGCUGUGCAGUUGGGGUUCACAUCUAGAAGGCAUAAGAACUAUUUUCUUCUCAAACAGAGUCCUAUGAGAUGGGUGGUAUCCUGGUGAAAGAGGUGGUACAGACCCAUGAGUGACUCAGUCCCAGUGACCAAAUGAAUUGCAGGUGCUCUGGUAUAAGACAAAUCACCUUAAAUAUAGAUAUAUUAAAUAUACAUAUAUGCCAAAAUACAGAAUACGAGACACUCUGUGUUUUUUUCUAUUUUUAGAACGAUCUUUUAGAAGGUACAAGCUAGACUUUCACAUCCUCAUAAGCAGGCAUGUCAGGUAUGUUGCUAUAGCCCAUCUACAGAUACUCUGUUUAUGGAUGUGCCUUUUUCUAACAGUCCUUGAAAUUUGGGGAGCUGGUGGGCUGGGGGAGGGAAGUCCCCAGAAAUUAGAAAGCUUGAAAUUUUCUACACUGAGGCCAUAACCUUAUGGCCGACUGAUUCUGAAUACCAGACUUUAUGUCCAUGAAGGGAUUUUGGCUAAAAAAAUAAUAAUCUUGUUUUGAAAGCCGUCUUAUUUUCUUAAAAAUGAAAACGUACCCAGGAGUCCCAUUUGCAAACCCCCUACACAGGCAGCAAGAAAAUCCCAGGUAGUUGAAGGGCAGACCGCCUCUGUGAGGAGUUGGUGGCAGCCAUCUUCUUACACGACCCAAAGCCCUCUCUGGACUCUGCUGGCCAUACUUCCAAAUGGCCACUCUGGUGGAUGCUCAUUGCCAGCAGGGCAGAAAUUGUAUAGGAGGAGCAAUGCUCAAAACCAGCUACUUAGGGAUUGUUCUCUAUGGCUUUUCUUUGGAGGGACGGUGACUUGAUGUGUUUUGCCGAUAUCACUUGGCCCAAGGAGUCCACAGAAGUGCUUCCGGCUGUUUGGUUGUUAUACUCCUGUGUUUAGACUUUCCUUUUGUGUUUUUCCUAUUAUCCUGCAGGUGUACCCUAAAACUGUUCCUAGUGUACUUGAACAGUUGCAUUUAUAAUGGGGGGGAUAUGGUUUAAUGGUGCCUGAUAUCUCAGUUUUUUUGUAUAUAACAUAUAUAUAAAUAUACAUAUAUAAAUAUAGAUAUAAUUAUAUCUCAGUGCAAUCUGGGAUUUAGAUUUACAGUUUGCUCUGGGCUAGCUUUCUGCCUGGAGUGUUGUGCUCCAUUGCAGUCCAGUUGGGAUUUCUCUUUUUCUAAAGCUUUUGAGUCUUGAUAUUGGCCUGUCUGUGACUCUACCAUGAAUACCAGGAAGCAAGCUAAGACUUUGAAGAAGCGCUCAGGGCUCACGUCCUGAAUGUAUGUUGGUUAGAAAGUGGACUUUCUACUUCCUGCCCACUGCCAGCCAGUUCUCCACCCUCUCUUUGGUGUUCUUCGUGGGGAGGACACUGUGGUUUGUCACAGCCCUAGACUUUGAAAGGCUCCCAGAACCCAGGAGUACCAGCCUGCUCUCUAUUUGCUCAACUCCUUUCCCAGGGAGGACAUGUGACUGUCCUGUCUGACAGGAUGGAUCUGGGUUCCCCACGCAAACCAGUUCACCACAUAGAUAGCUAGUCUAAACAGUGUUUUAAAAUAAGGGCACCUCUGUUUCAAAAAUGACAUCUGCUGUGUUGUUUUCAAGGCCUGAUACUCUUUUUUUCCAAGGUUUGAAAAGAUGUAUGUAUCCGUUCAUGGGCUUGGUAGCCUUCUGGUCACCUCAGUCCUGUGGCUCUUAACUUAUUGCCCCAAAAUAUUAAUUCCCCCUCAGCUACAGUAAAUUGCAAGCAAAAGAUCUUGAAAUAAAAAAAAAGCACUAAUUUAGUUUAAAAUGUCACUUUUUGGUUUUUAUUCUACAAAAGCCAUGAAGUUCAUUCUCUCUCUCUCUCUCUCUCUCUCUCUCUCUCUCUCUCUCUUUCUCUUUCUCUCUCUCUUAUUUGUUAAAUCAGAUUAUGUUCAUUUUUUUACUGAUUCAUGUUUAUGAGCAGAGUGGAGUUUAACAAUCCUAGCUUUAAAAAAAUCUAUUUAAUGUAAGAUAUUCUACGCUUCAUUCAGAUAUUUUGUAUAUCCCCUAUGGCCUUUAUUCUGUACUUUUAAUGUACAUAUUUCUGUCUUGUGUGAUUUGUAUAUUUCACUGGUUUAAAAAAAAAAUCGAAAGGCUUCCGCCCAUGGAAGAUAGAAUAUAAAAUAAAAUGUUCCUUGUAUAUGGGUAAGAGGUUUCAGUUGUCCUUCAGCAAUUCAUGUAGAGAAAUAGUUUUAGUUGAAGCCACAAGAGACAGCUAGGGCAGCUAUGUGUUCGAAAAACAGAAGAGCGGAUUUUUUUUUUCUUUCUUACCCAAACCGGACUGUUAGGAAACCUCAAUAGAGCUCUAUAUGUGUUGGAACAAAAGUGGAAUUCUCUUCUCCUAUAGAUGUUCCUUCAGAGCGAGAGAAAGCAGUAAGUCAAGCAGAUGGCGAAAAGCUGGCCACAGGAUUACUCACAUUCUUUUGACAUUAUGCAUGCGACUUAAUUGUUUUAGAGUGUGUUUCUAUUGUAGCAUCCCAGAGAUGAACCGAAAAGGCUCAUGCUCUCAUCCAUGAGCAGCUCUUCGGCUUAUACAUAUACAUGCAUAGACAUGUGUGUGAGAUGCAUGUGUGCACACAUGUCUGUAUGUAUCCUUGGUUUGCCACUACUACUGUUGUGCCUCUCUAUUCGGGUUGACCAGGAGUCUUGUGGAGCAUCUCCGCAUCUAAUUUGAAGGCAGUCUUUAUGGGAAGAAAGCAAGGGUCGGCAGAGGACAGGAACUAAAGAUUCCUUGUGUGCCCUGCUUUCUGGAAAUGUAGACCAGAAUCUGGCCAGGACUGUAGAUUGAUACAUUAGCUGGCCCUUUGCCUGCACGCUCCCCACUUCCCCCCUUUUCUUUCUGGAUAACCUUGUAACAUAUUGAAACCUUUAAAGGAAACCAAGAAUGCAUUAUUACACACACACACACACACACACACACACACACACACACACACACACACACUCUCACACACAAAUAGGGUAGACCAACAUAUAGAGUGUUUAAAAUAGCAUUUCUGGGCAAAUUCAAACUCUUGUGGCUCCGGGACACACAUCUGUUUCCGUUUUUCUUCAGUUGUAUAUUGACCAGUGUUCUUUAUUGCUAAAACAUAUACUCGGUGUAGCAAUGUCAGCAUCUUUUUUCUUCCCAUCCUGGAGAGCAUUCAAGACCUUCCCAGUACAGGAACAUCAAUGAAGCAUUUAUACACAGGCAGUGGCAUGCAGAACCACAUCCAAAACGGUCAGUGUUGGCCUCCAGGGCAAGGCUAUCCUGCUCCAGUCCUGUUUCUUUGUGCUCUUGACCUUCCCGGGCUGCCACUUCCUAGGUCAACAGCUGCCUGCCCCCACUCUCCCACCCCAGCCUCCAAGGAUUUCCCCAACAGCCAGUUCCAACGUGUCUUUUUCUGCAACCUUAUUCAAGCCACUGGAACCUUCAGAUCGAGCCCAAGAGCAGGAUGACACAACAUGUGGACAAGAGCUGUAUUAACUUGAUCACUAGUAUUAACUAGUAUUAAGUAGUAUUAACGUGGUCACCAGUGAAAGGCACUUGCAACAACUGUUCAGUCUGAAAUAUAGGUAGAGAGUGGGGAUGGCAAAGUUGCUUGUAACUUCUGGUACAUGUUUAAUGCACACAGGCAUGGAGGCACAGCUCUAAGGCACUGCACUGUUACUGUAAAGCAUACUUUAAAAAUAUUUAUUGUCUUAAAGAGCAUUUUCUAAUCUUCCCUCUCUCGGUGGAGCGGUGAACAAGAUGCCAUGUCAUGAAGGUUUAAGAUGAUUUUAUUUUUUAUUGCAGAAACAUUUAGAGACCUAAGAAUUUAAACUUAUAAAAGGGAUCUUCUAAGUUGCCUGUUAAUGUGGAAUUUACACUUAAAUCUGAUGAUUGGAUGAUGUUUUACGUUAGGGAAAUACCUUGUUAUCAAACUUCAUAAAGCAGAUGUAAUUAAAGGUUCAAUGUGAGCCAAUCUAGAAGGUUGCAUAGUGUGUGCAAAGAAAGGAGAGACAUCUUAGACCAAUUUUUAUACAGUUUUCAUUUUGCUGAGCUAGAAAGGAGAUAAAGAUUAUUUAUUUUUGUUCGUAUCUUGUACUUUUCUAUUAAAAUCAUUUUAUGGAA